GGAGUCACGCAAGGCGCGAAAAUUCAUGGAGAGACGGAGAGCUCGAGAGAGAUAUUCCUGGUGAUUGCCUGGGAAGAUGGCAGUUCCGUUUGUAGAGGAUUGGGAUCUGGUGCAAACACUAGGUGAAGGAGCAUAUGGCGAGGUGCAAUUGGCUGUGAAUCGGAGAACAGAGGAGGCGGUUGCAGUGAAGAAAGUGGACACUGCGCGUGCUCUUGACUGUCCUGAGAACAUCAAGAAGGAAAUUUGCAUCAAUAAGAUGUUGAGCCACCCAAAUAUUGUCCGUUUUUACGGACAUCGUCGUGAAGGCAGCAUCCAGUACUUGUUUCUGGAGUAUUGCAGUGGAGGAGAACUCUUUGAUCGAAUAGAACCUGAUGUGGGUAUGCCUGAAGUGGAUGCUCAUAGAUUUUUCCUGCAGCUGAUAGCAGGAGUGGAAUACCUUCAUAGUAUUGGAAUUACUCAUAGGGACAUCAAGCCAGAAAAUCUGCUGCUCGAUGAUCGAGAUAACCUAAAGCUUUCUGAUUUUGGCUUGGCGACUGUAUACAGGCACAAUGGCCGUGAGAGGUUACUAAAUAAAAUGUGUGGCACUCUACCGUAUGUUGCUCCUGAGUUGCUGAGGAGGAAAGAGUUCCGAGCAGAGCCUGUAGAUAUCUGGUCGUGUGGAAUUGUUCUCGUUGCAAUGCUGGCUGGAGAGCUACCCUGGGACCAGCCUGUGGAUAGUUGUCAGGAGUACUGUGAUUGGAAUGAGAAGAAACUAUACCUAACACCAUGGAAAAAGAUCGAUCCUGUUCCACUGAGUCUGCUGAACAAAGUUCUGAUUGAAGGUCCAAAGAACAGAGCCACGAUUUCAGAUAUUAAAAAGGACAGGUGGUUCAUUUACCAAUUUAAAAGGGGUGUGAAGAGAACACGGUUAUCCUCUGGUAGUCCCACUGACUCUCAGGGGCCUUUUACUAAACAAAUUCAUUCUAAUGUGGAUCUAUCUCCUGCCAGUGGUCUGCCCUGGAGUGAGGAUCAAACAAGGUACUCGAGUUCCCAGCCCGAACCUCGGGUUGCUUUGUCAUCGUGGGACUCCAAUCACUCUAGCAUUGAUAAUCUAGUGCAAGGAAUUAGCUUCUCCCAGCCUACCUGCACAGACCAUAUGCUUGUCAGCAGCCAAUUGCAAAGCACACCUGGUUCAUCACAGAGUUCUUGGCAACGGUUAGUGAAACGAAUGACUCGGUUCUUCACUAAGUUGAAUGCUGAACAAUCCUACCUGGCCCUGAAGGAGGUUUGUGAGAAACUAGGCUAUACUUGGAAGAAGAGCUGCAACAACCAGGUGACCAUAUCAACCAUGGACAGAAGGAACAAUAAGCUGAUAUUCAAAGUGAAUCUGAUUGAGAUGAAUGAGAAGAUUCUGGUGGAUUUCAGACUGUCCAAGGGAGAUGGUCUUGAAUUCAAAAGGCACUUUGUCGGCAUCAGGUGCAAACUGAGUGACAUCAUCUAUUCUCAGAAGAUUCCCCUGCCUGUAACCUGAUCUUUCUUUUGAGCCCCUGUAUUGCAUUGUGUCUCUGCUGGGUCAAGGCUGCUACGAGGAACUGUCUGAGAUUACAACUGGGAUACAAUUUUUUUUCACCCGGUUUAUGGACACUGUGAGCUUGUGUGUAUGUUUUGAGUAUUAAAAGUUACUCCCUCCCUAUAGUUAUUGGAGACACUUUAGACAAUGGAUCAACAACUAGAAUGCCGAUUUGUAAAUUUUGAGCAGACUAUACCAACUCUGUCAAAUCCUCUGCUGUUUUCCUGGUGAUCCUGUGCCAGAUUCAUUGCAAGAGUCUUUGUUGGAAUGUGUUAGGUGUUUAAUCCACUUGCAUUUUCUUUUAGAAGUUAGGAGGAGCUUCUGAAAUUUGUAGGACUCCAAUUAUGUAACACUGGAUGAAAUUCAUCUAAUCAUCUGACCAUGUGGAGCAUCAGAGUAUCAACGGAUUCAGUACAGCCUUUGAAGUUGUUUGUGAAUGAUAUCUACUGAAAGAUGAGAAUGAAGGGAACAGUGGAAUGUUCCCAGGGUGGUUUGACCAAAUAUUGCAACAUCUCCCAACCUGUGGACCAAUUGACUUUCAGAAACCAUCAGGAAGAGCCCUUUUUUAAAAUCGAGUUUCAAAAUGCAGUCAAGGUAUGCUUUGCACAUAAGAUGGGAUGGUGGGUUGGAAAAAUUGUCAAUGUUUUGAUUGGGUUUCAUUUUAAUACCAGUGUUAUACACACAGCGCAACCAACUGUGAACUUUGAGUGUUUGAGAAAUGUAGGGAUUAGUGAAGGAAUGGAGUGAUUGGGAAUUUUUAACUUUCGGUUGGGCUCUCUAGAAGCAGUUCUACUGUUAUGGUUGUUGGUUGCACGAUUGUAGAUUUGGUGUCUUAUUUGGCUGUUCAAAUUUGAACCUUGUAAAAAUUGGAUAAUAUGAAUUUUCAGAUCAUUUGUAAAAGCAUUGUUGUGGGCAUGUCACUGUCUAAUUCUCAAUGAUCCAGUCUCCCAUCAUGAUUUGCUGAAAAACUUGCCAAUUUGUAACGAGUACAUGAGGUGCCCAAACAACACACAUCUCAGUAAUUUAGCACAGCGUCUAGCUUGUGUGCAGUUACUGGUCUAUAUAUCGUGGACUUUGUAUUCUGCAGUUAUGGUACACAAUUUACCACAGAUUUACACUUUGGGGUAAAUCAAAAUCUUGCACACUUUCAGAAAUGAGUUAGAUUUAAGGAGCCAGAAGGAUUCAAUGAUGAUCAGGUUCAAAAGUUAACAUAGCAGUGUUUGUUUUUCUCAUUUGCUCUGUUUCCCCCUCCCCCACCUCUCAGAUUAAUUUUUUUUAAAUGCGGUUUGAGGCAGGUUUGAAUGAGUCAGGGAAAUGAGUCAGGGCAUUGCAGCUUCCGUUCUUGUGUCGGAAAUGCAAGAUCGUCGCCUAGACUGCUCUUUGACCCCAGUAUCCUCUCCUGCUUAGUAGAAGAAUAUACAAUAGAAGGCUACAGCAUUGCUCCAAAUAGAAUCUGCUAAUCCCUGCAGCCAGUUGCAUGCUGCACAUGAACAAUGUCAAGCAUAGCGUCUCAUAACUUUGUAAACAGCUAGGUAGAGAUCUGUCUUUUAAUAAAGACUAAAGCUUCACGAUUUAGGAUUGAAACACUUUUACCUAAACACUAUAAAUUAUAAAUGUUUCAGAGCAUUGAAAUGGAUACAAAUUCGAUCUCCUCAGUUGGGUGAUUGUGAAUAGAGCUUGAUUUAGUUUGUUCCUUUCUGAGAAGUGAAAGAAAAACAGACAUUUUUUGGUUCAAAGAAUCAUGUUUUUGCAGAUUAAAUCUCUCCUUUAGUUAAAAUGAUUCUACCUGAUCCUGUGUGAUGUUAAUGUUUCUUGAUCUGAAAUAUACAGCAAACAAGUGAUGUCAGUAGCUAUCAAAUGUUUAAAGAAUCCUAUAUUUCAUCUUUUUUUCUCAUUUUCCAUUUGUCUUUGUAGAUGUAUAUCUGUGUGUGAAAACUAACUGUCUUGAGUUUGUGAGAAGUCAGUUUAUUGAGUCUUGGGGACUCGUAAAUGCUUUCCCCUUCUGCAGAAGGGAAUCUUUCAGGAUUAGCUGGUAUGUGUUGGCGAGAACCUGAUUUACUACCUGACCAAAGAAAAAUCAAUGUGAGAUACUGCAGGAAUGGCUAAUGCAUCAAAGGAAGAGGGCAAGCUGAAGGUGGGACUCUUUUUUUUCUGGUGUGUGAUCCAUUACGUAUUUUGGUUUUAGAUUUCUGGCAUUUUCUUUCUUUUCUCUGAUCCUUUUACUUUGUCUCUUUUCCACUGACCGUCACACAGUUUUAAGUAAAAGUUGACAUUUGCCCUGUUUACAAUUCUGCUUUGUUUUAUUCAUAAAGUUCACUUGGUGAGUUUUGCCAACUAGACACACAGCCUGUGUACCAAUACUGUUUGUAAGGAGGAGGGCUCAGUUAGCUGACUUCUCCUGUCAUAGAAUUGUUGUUCAGAAAACCAUUUUAAAAAUGUAAGGAAUAUUUUGGAAUAAUGAAUAAAAAGUUUCAGAGCACUGA